CUCAUCAGUGAUCCUCAAGUGACAAGACUCCCAAGUUUGGACGCAUGCUGAGACUCCAGAACACUUCAAUUGAUUAUGAAAUUAUUAUAUGAGCGGUUUAUGCCAUAAAAUUUAAAGACUAUGUUUAAUAUAUUGUGUGACACAUAUUAUCACGACCACAGUGAGACACUGGAAGAUGGACAUCAGGAAGAAAAUGUUUCAGAAAUAUAUAAAAACUAAAUAUGUAAUCAGAUAAGACAAUAUACUAGAUAAUCUAUUGCAUCGCGUUAUUGUAGUUAUUGGCUUUUUUGUAUUUGUAUACACUAAUAGGCAAUGUGAAAUGUGUAAAGAAAUAGGUCUCCACAUCUCCACCAGAGGGCCACAGAGGACCUGCAGGUUAAGUGCAUCCUGGUCAACUGUAAAACAUAUUUAUAUUCUAUACAUACACACAUCUCUAAGGAAACUCUCUCACACAAUACUUCCACUGUUCAAAGCCCUUACCAUUACAGCUCUCUAAAUAUGUUAUAAUAAUCACUUUUCUGCCUAUACUUUUUUUAAUUGAAUUUAUUUUAAUUGAAUCAAAUGAUGAAAAAUAAGUACAAUUUUGAGGUUUAUUGUGUUUCCUCUUUCCACGUCUACUCAUCUACAUUUCAAAGGGAAAUAUUGUCAUUUCAUACUCCACUAAAUCUAUCUGACAGCUGCAGUAACUAUUUACUUUACAGAGGUUUUACACACAAAAAAUAUAAGAUAAGAUAAUCCAUUAUUUGUCUCAUUGCCGGUUAUUAAACUUAACUAUAUUAACUAUAACAGUGUUAUGUUACAUCAGUAUUAACAGUAAUGCCAUAUAUAAUAAUAUAUCACGGACAGGGACCACAUUUCUGCAGAUCAAGAUAUUUUACUUGAAUACUUUGAGUACAUUCUACUGACAAUACUGUACCUAUGUACUUUGCUGAAGUAGUAUUUUGAAUGCAGAACUUUUACUUCUAAUUUAUUUGACCCCAUAAUGGUACUUUUACCAACGUAAAGGAUCAGACUUCUUCCACCACUGAUUAAAGAUGUACAGUAUUUUACUUAGAAGAAGCUGACACGCUCGGCUACUUAUCAGAUGAAUUUAUUAAUGAAUUAAUCUGUCUAAAAACAUUUUAUUUCAGAGUGUGUGCCCGGAUGCAGUGUGGUUUUAUCCGGCACUGUCCUGGUUCAGAUGCUAGUGGGACUCUCUGUAAGUGGAAACCAGCCCCAUUUGGCAUCACCGUCACGUGACCUCCCAUGGCAACCGGCGAGCGUCAUCAGUUCCGCUCCGCGAGCAGCGCAGCCUCAGUCCCUCCGGCCGACUUUAGAGCAACUCCGCCGGGUUCCUUUCGGACUCCACAUCGGCACAGGUGUCUUCCUGCGAGCCCCGCGGCCAUUGUUACCUGAGCUAUUGUUGAGAGUUCGAGCUGAGCACCAUGAGUCACCUCAACCCGGGACUUAUUUCUGUCUACAACAGCCUCACAGACAGACACCUGGCUGGAUACUUCAGCAACACUCGGCUCAGGAGACACCUGCAGAGAGCAGGACUGAUCAGCAGGAGUGGGCGCAUCGUUCCAGACAAGGAGUACCGACACAAGCUGAUCCACAGGAACCACCAGAGACACGUUCGAGAAUGCCUGGCCCAGGCGAUUUUCCACAAGGUGCUGGAGAUGGAGCGUGUCCAUCAGAUAGAGAUCAAAAGGAAACUGGAGGAGUUUGCGAGGAGGGAAAGAGUGCACAAGUUCAAAGUGGAGCACUCUAAAAGGUACGAAGAAGACACGGUCAUCAUCCUGUCUCCGCGGCCACCCACGGGUGCCAGGUGCAUCCGAAAGCAACACUCUGGGCCCGAGGGGGAACACUCUGAAUCCUCCGAGUCCCCGGGCUCGUCCCGACCCAACACGGCUCCGGGGAAGAUGCAGAGGCCGGUGCGCCUGAAGCCGAUCCACAGCAGCAGCACCACCGCGUCGCUCCGACGCAGCUCCCCUCACCGACUGCUGGAGUCCUCCAACGACCAGGAGCAGCCCUUCAACUGCACCAUGGACAAGGCGUCCCGGAGGCGUUUGACCACGACGGAGCCCUCCCGGGGCAUCUCGCCCUACUGCCUCCCGGUCGUCAACAACUUCGUCACCCCGGUGCCUCCGGCCACGAAGAGGAAAGAGAGGGGGUCAAAGGUCACCACGAGCGGCGCGCUCCGAGGCCGCAGACUGCGUCCCACCACGGCCUCCAGCGGCGCUGACGACCCCCCCAUGCUGAGGAGCUCCGUGCACCAGAGCAAAGUGUGUGUGAACAUGAUGUACUUCGGUAAAUCGGUGCAUCUCUCCCACGACAUGACGGACAUGAGGGAUGAGGCCAAAGUGUUUCAGCAGCACUGCGGAGGAGAGAACCUGUGUGUGUUCAAGGGCAAGCUCCGCGAGGGAGAGACUUUCCAGUUUAUUUCCAGGCGACACCGAGGUUUCCCCUUCAGCUUGACUUUCUUCCUGAACGGGCUGCAGGUGGAGCGGCUGAGCUCCUGCUGCGAGUUCAAACACAGGAAGGGCCCCCGGCUCGGGGGCCGGCACGGCCACUUUGGGUUCUGCAGCGUAGAGAGAGCCUCUCCCUGCUACAAGUGCAUCAUAGCGAUGGGAUUGGACAAGAAACCCACUCCUCCACCGAAGAGGGUCAAAGAAGAUGAAGGCGGAGAGGAGUCCCUCAGCAGCCGUAAGGAUGCUCCUGAGAUGGAGACGGAGAGGACCGGAGACAACGCUGCAGCCCGGUCAGAGGGGGGAAGCCGCCAACCACAGGAUACCGACACUCACGGCAGAGAGGAAGAAACGGCAGCCGACGAGGACAAAGUCAGAGACGAUUACGAGGAAGACUUUGAAGGAGACGACGAAGGCCCUCCACAAGGCGUGGAGGCAAAAGAAAAGAAAUCCUCGCCUCCAUCUGGGGAAACUGAAAGGCGGGUUGAUGAGAGAGACGCCUCCGAGACUGAAGACGACGAGAGGGAUGAGGACUUAAAGUCUCAUUCAGGCUCCAGCUCCUCAGGCAGCGACGGGGAUGAGAGCGAUGCCGAAGACUCCAAAGACGGCAGAGAGGACGAGAGAGCAGAGCGACCUGUAGAGGUCGAUCAGGAGGAGACUGUUGGAAACAAAGAUGGACCCAAUCCACAAGAAGCCGAGGCCGCGCCCGCCGCGCCUAAAGACUUAGGCACACGGGACAGUACGGAGACGGAGGUCUACGACACCGGCGAGAAGAAACAGAGUGACGACACCUCAGGAGACAAAGAGGUGGAGAAAACGGUAGAUGAGAAGAAACAGGAGCGAGCCAAAUCAGUGCAGGAGAAGCUGGCAGAAGCCAUACUGAAGGAGUCCCAGUGCAGCUCGGGGCCCGAACUGAGCGACACCAGCACUGAGGAGGAAGAGGAGGCGGAAGAGGAGGAGGAAGAGGAGUCCACAGAUAAAGGCCCUAAACAGGACAGCCAGGAUGCAGCUGCGGUGAAGUCUGUGGCGUUUACACAACGGCAAGAGAUUCUCGAAGAGGUGGCAGAAUGCGAGGAAGGUGUCGUUGGUGAAACUGAAGUGGUGAAGGAUCGCGACGGGACGUCUGAACCGAAACACGCCGAGCGAGAGGAGAGCGGCGAUCGCGCCGAAGAUGAGACGGUCAAAAUAGAAGAAGAGGCAGAUGAACCGGCGUCGCCAGAAGAAGACACAAACGCAGCAGAGAGCGAUAAACCCGAGGACACGGAAGACACGGCUCUGCAUCCGGUACCCGAGGAGGACAUCGUCGAGGAUGACCGGACUUCAGAACCUCGAGGAGACCUCGCGGCUAAAUCCGCUGACGGCGAGGCCGCAGAGGAGAACAGCGAGGAGGAGAAGAGCGAAGCUGAGGAGACGGGGCGAGGAACAAAAAGCGCCGAGGAGGAUGAGUCAUCGGCGUCGGGGUCGGAUAAAAAGACUGAUGAGACGGCAGCGCCUGAUGAUGCGGCGGGGAUGACGCCGAGCGAGACAAUGCAGAUGAAAGCAGAGCCCUCGGUGGAGCGAGAGGCCCUCGACUGUGAAGAGGCGCCCGAGAGCGACACAGAGGCGAGGCGGCGAGGAGACAGCGGGGACGGAGGCGCGGCGUCAGAGACGGAAGUCGCGGCGGAGGAUUCACGCAGCUCGCAGGAGGAGAGCGGCGACACCGCAGCGCGUCAAACAGAAGAUGCAAACGACGAGAGCCGCGGAGAGGAUGUUCAAGGGGAGGAAGUGACAGCAGCAGAGGAUGAUGAAGAUGACAAUCAAAAACGCGGGGGGGAUCCGGGAGAAGAGCACGCGGAAAAAACCUCAGAGGAAAUAAAUGAUGAGGUGGAGGAGAAAUGUGAAGAGGGAGGUAAUGAGGAAGAGAAGCAAAGAGAUCCAGAUGAGACAACAGAAGGUGAGAAUAGAGAGGAAAGUGAGGAGGAGGGUAAAGAUGAGACGGAAGAAGAGGAGAAUAAUGAGAGUGAGACAGGAGAAAGGAUAGAAAGCGAGGGAAACAUUUCCGAGUGCGCUAAAUGUGACUCGACCACGGAAGGAAAUGCAAAUGGAGAACGGGCCGAGGAACACCGCAGUGAAGAAGAAGUGAAGGUUGAGAAUGAAGACAAAUCAGAAAAGACAGAGAGGGACGAAGAUGGCGGAUGUGUCAAGAAUCAAAAUGCCGAGGAGGAGGAGGAGGAGGUGGACUCUGAAGAACAGGGAGCCGGUACUGGUGAAACUAAUGAGUGCGAACAGAUGAACACGGCUGCUGAGGAAAAGGAUGACGGAGCAGAAAAGAAAGAGGAAGAUCAGAAUGAGGACAAAGUGGAGACUGAAGACGAGGACCAAUCUGAAAAGGGAAAAGUUGGAACUGAGAAGAGUGCAGAAGGAGAAGAAACAUCUGAGAUACCGGAGGAAUCUGAGAAAAGCGGCGAUGCGGACUUGGAUAAUGUGAAAAUAUCUGAUGAAAAUAUUGCCGAGUCAGAGGACGCCGCAGACAGGGAAGCAGCAAAUGUCGCACAGGAGACUGAAACGGCUGAAGAGACGGCAAAAAAUACGAUGGAGGCUGAAGACGUGACCAAAGAAGGUGAAAAAGGAGGUGUUGACGUGGAGAAUGGUGAAGUUUUUACCAGAGCAGAGAACAAAGCUCACGAGGACGAGGGAGAGGCUCAAAGUGAGGGGAGGGAUGAUGUAACAAGAGCAGUGGGGACCGAAGAAGGGAGAAGAGCAGGGGGACCCACGGGAGGUCAGAGCACAGAGGUCAAAGAAGUUACUGUGCAGUCCGAAGAUGUGGCUGAAACGCGCGAAGACGAUAAAGUCGGCGAGGCUCCCGACGUCGCCGAGGUCGUACGAAGCGAGGCCGAGGCCGGGAACGCCGCGGUGGAAAAACAAGACGGAUCCACUAAAAAUGACUCCCGCGGCGACGGAAGUCACGGCGAAACAAAACGAGAUGAGAAUGUCGACCUUUGUGACCCUAAAAUCGAUUCAUCUAUGAAAACGAGCGACACCGUCCAGAGCAAUGUCAUCCAGGUCGCGGUCGCCUCUGCGGUCGAUCGGGCGGCGGCGCCCGACUCGGACGAUACCCGUCACAGGUUAGACAAGUCCACUGCGCCCUCUGACGCAACAGUUGACCUCUCCAAUGCUGCAGUUGACCUCUCCGCCGCCGCCGGGAACGGAGCCGACACCGAGGAGGCGAGCGAGGCCUCGGAGGAAGGAGCUAGUGUUCUGCUCAAUCCUCAAGCGCGGCCGUCACAGCUCCCACAAAACAACGACGUCACCGCCGCGGCGGGCGGCGACGCUCCGGAGGCCUCGGCCAGAGAGGACAACACGGAUCUGGUCACCAGCUGGGUGACCAUGCAUCAAACGUCAAAGUACUUUGAGACGUUCGUCGAGCCUUUGGAGGAGUUGAAGGAGUCGACUUCAGACGCGGAGGAGGCGAACGAGGAGGCGAAUGAGGAGGCGACGCAAUGCGACGAGCCGCCGAGAUCAGAGAGUCCACUCGUGACGGCGUCUAACGAUGCGGAAGGAGAGCAGGCGGCGAAAGACGGAAAUGAGGAGACCGAGGUGUCAAACUUCGAGAGCAAUCCCUCCGAAGACGGCGGACCGGGUGAGAGAGACACACCGCAAGAGAAGGAGGAGAAACUCUUGAUCCCGAAAACAGAGAGUGAACUACAUGAGAAGGAGUCUGUGAGCGAGCAGGACACGAGGUCAGGGGAGCACAAAGGAACCGGAGGAUCUCUGGACGAGGAGCAGGACAACUCUGAGCCGACGGACGUUUCUCAAACCGAAGUGGAAAGCUUCGUGGGUGCCAGCGUCAGACCCGAGAGCGUCUCUGAGAACCACACCGAGGAGGAAACUACCGAGAAUGUUCCAGAAACACAAACGGCAAUUGAAGAGGUGACGGAUGUUCCACCGUCGUCCCGAACAGAAGAGCAUCAACAACCUCCGCCGACCGGUCCAGAAGGGCUCUCCGGAUCGAAAGCGGAGGAACCGCACGAAAGCGAAGAAGCUCCGGUGAGGAGAGGCGACGAACCGAGUGGAGAAGUUACCGAAAUAACUGAUUUCACGACGUCCAAGUCCGACGACGGGAGCCAGGAGGAGUCCCGGCAGAGAGACGGCGGAGGACCCGAAUCCUCCGACGCCGGCGGAGACGAGAGAGACGUGCGGCUGAUCCAGGACAUCCAACGCACCGCGAGUAAAGACCGGCUGAGCACCUUCUCCGUGGAUGAAACGCUGUUCGGUCGAAGUUCAUAUCCUCUGCUGGCCGGUGCGAGGACGGAGAGUGGACAUUAGGGACCUCGGCCACUUCAGAGAAAUACACGGAAGAAGCUCGAUCACAGAAGGGAAUAUUUUUAAAUAACGAGCAGCUACAGACAAUCUGGUGGGACUAGAAACAAAUAGAAACAUUCGUGGUGAUCAAAAAAAUACUAUUUGGUUUUCAAAAUAUGAAGAAGAGGUUUUUUUUUAAAGCGAGUUUUGAC